AUGGCUGCGCCUGAGCCUCCAGCUCCAGCUCCAGCUCCCUCGGAGCAUGAUGCAGCUACUACUCACACAGUCAGCCAUCGCUUCGAGGAGUAUACGACCUCCGACGAAGUCUCCGAGGAAGAUUCCUCGACUCCGGCUGUCGAGGAUGAUAUCAGACAUAAAGAUAUCACCACCAUAGCUCGCUCAUUCUCCAACCUCUCUCAAAAGCCUAGCUCCGUCAACGGCCAAAAUGAGCCGAUCAAUACCUUCCUCAAUCCCACCGAGGACCCUUCGCUAGAUCCCAGUUCGGAUCAAUUCAGUUCGUUGAAAUGGGUGCGCAAUAUGCUUCAGAUGACUCGUGACCCGAACCGUUACCCCAAGCGCACCGCUGGUGUCUCCUUCCGCAAUCUCAAUGUUUUUGGAUAUGGUUCCGGUGCCGAUUACCAGAUCACCUUUGGUAAUGCCUGGUUGAAGAUGUUCAACUGGGCCAAGGCUCAUGCUGGUUACGGAAAAAAGCACCGCAUUGACAUCUUGCGCGACUUUGAAGGCAUGGUCAACGCCGGUGAAAUGCUCGUGGUACUAGGUCGCCCAGGCAGUGGGUGUACCACCUUGCUGAAAACCAUUGCCGGUGAAACUCACGGUCUUUUCAUCGAUGAUGGCACCGAUGUGCAGUAUCAAGGUAUCUCCUGGGAUGAAAUGCACUCCCGAUUCCGUGGUGAGGUCAUUUACCAGGCAGAGACAGAAAUUCACUUUCCCCAGCUGAGUGUCGGAGAUACGCUUCUCUUUGCCGCCCAUGCACGCACUCCGUCUAACCGACCUCCCGGAGUAUCCCGGGACCAAUAUGCCCUGCAUAAACGAGAUGUGGUCAUGGCCAUGCUGGGUCUCUCGCAUACUAUGAACACCAAGGUGGGCAAUGAGUAUAUCCGUGGUGUGUCAGGUGGUGAGCGCAAGCGCGUCAGUAUCGCCGAGAUCACUCUUUGCGGUAGUCCCCUGCAAUGCUGGGAUAAUAGUACCCGUGGGUUGGAUAGCUCGACGGCCUUGGAAUUCGUGAAAAACAUUCGUCUCUCCACGCAGUACAGUGGGGCCACCGCCGUCGUCGCCAUCUACCAGGCUAGUCAGUCGAUCUACGAUGUUUUCGACAAGGCCGUGGUGCUCUACGAGGGCCACCAAAUUUACUUUGGCAAGUCCACCGAUGCCCGUCGUUUCUUUAUCGAGAUGGGAUUCGAAUGCCCCGACAGACAAACCGAUGCCGAUUUCCUCACUUCCCUUUCCAGUCCCUCAGAGCGCCGGGUCCGGCCGGGAUAUGAGCAUCUCGUGCCGCGCACCGCAGACGAGUUUGCCAGGCGCUGGAAGGAGAGUGAAGAGCGGAAAACCCUUCUCCAAGAGAUUGAAGCCCAACAUGACCAGUACCCGCUCAAAGGUGACCAAUUCGAAUCAUUCUCUCGUUCUCGUGCUGCCGAAAAGUCCAAGGCCAACAAGGCAUCCUCUCCAUACACAAUCUCGUACUACAAACAGGCUCGUCUGUGCCUGUGGCGCGGAUUUUUGCGUUUGCAAGGCGACAUGAGUAUGACCAUUGCCUCCGUGAUCGGAAACAGCGUCAUGGGCGUUAUCAUCUCGACGGUAUUUUUGAAUCUGGAAAACAACACCGACAGCUUCUUUCAGCGUGGAGCACUUCUAUUCUUCGCUAUUCUGAUGAAUGCUUUUGCUUCUUCCCUGGAGCUUCUGACCCUAUGGCAACAACGACCAAUUGUAGAGAAGCACUACAAGUAUGCACUUUAUCAUCCAUCUGCCGAAGCAAUCGGGUCUUACAUUGUUGAGCUGCCGUCAAAAAUCCUGAUCGCUAUCGCAUUCAACAUCAUCAUUUACUUUGUCCCGCAUCUUCGACGCACUGCUGGUCACUUUUUCAUCUUCUUCUUGUUCUCGUUCUCGACAACUCUCGUGAUGUCUAACAUCUUCCGGUCUAUCGGUGCUAUAUCUCGCUCGAUGGCUCAAGCAAUGGUUCCGGCUUCGAUUUUCAUGAUGAUUUUGGUCAUCUACACCGGAUUUACCAUUCCAGUCAGAGACAUGCACCCGUGGUUCCGGUGGCUGAACUAUUUGAAUCCAAUCGCUUACGCCUUUGAAGGCUUGAUUGUCAACGAGUUCAGCGACCGUCAAUUUCCUUGUUCCACCUAUAUCCCAUCCGGUGGCUCCUACGAUUCAGCACCACAGAGCUCGAGGAUCUGCUCGAUGAAAGGAGCAUUUGCUGGGGAUACCUACAUUGACGGAGAUUCUUACAUUAACACCACCUUCAAUUAUUACAAGGGCCAUAUGUGGAGAAACUUUGGCAUUCUGGUCGCAUUUUUCUUCGGAUUCUUGACCAUCUAUGUUGUUUCGAGCGAAUACAUUCGAGCCAAGCCAUCGAAGGGUGAGGUUCUGGUUUUCCCACGGGGCAAGAUCCCGGCCUUUGCCAAAAAGGCCCGUCAGGAUGACUCCGAGGCUGCACCUUCGACUGAAAAGCAUGAGAUCGUGGAUAAGGAGGGUGAUGGAUCAGCGGCUAUCAUCAAACAAACUGCCAUCUUCCACUGGGAAGAUGUUUGCUACGAUAUCAAGAUCAAGGGUGAAAAUCGCCGUAUCCUGGACCGUGUGGACGGAUGGGUGAAGCCCGGAACUCUGACUGCUCUGAUGGGUGUUACCGGUGCAGGUAAAACAUCCUUACUGGAUGUUUUGGCAAACCGUGUCACGAUGGGUGUCAUCACCGGUGAUAUGCUUGUGGACGGAAGGCCACGAGAUGGCUCCUUCCAGCGAAAGACUGGAUAUGUCCAGCAACAGGACUUGCAUCUCGAGACAAGUACGGUACGCGAGGCUCUCAUUUUCAGUGCCCUUCUUCGGCAGCCAAGCAACAUUCCUUACGCGGAGAAGAUAGCUUAUGUGGAAGAAGUUAUCAAGAUGCUUGGCAUGGAGGAGUAUUCUGAGGCCGUCGUGGGUGUUUUAGGCGAGGGCCUUAAUGUGGAACAACGCAAACGGUUGACUAUCGGUGUUGAAAUUGCGGCCAAGCCCGACUUGCUUCUCUUCUUUGAUGAACCUACCUCUGGUCUCGAUAGUCAAACAGCCUGGUCGAUUUGCAGUUUGAUGCGAAAGCUUGCUGACCACGGCCAAGCGGUCUUGUGUACAAUUCAUCAGCCGUCCGCCAUGUUGAUGUCUCAAUUCGAUCGACUGCUCUUUUUAGCUAAGGGCGGCCGCACUGUGUACUUUGGCGAUCUUGGACCACGCAUGCAAACCCUGAUCAAAUAUUUCGAGAACAAGGGCUCCAUCGAUUGUCCCAAGAACGCUAAUCCUGCUGAAUGGAUGCUUGAGGUUAUUGGUGCUGCUCCUGGUUCUCACGCGGACCGUGACUGGGCAGAAGUCUGGCUGGAAAGCCCAGAAAGAACCCAGAUCAAGAAGGAAUUAGCCGACAUGAAAUCUGAGCUCCGACAGAAGCCGGUGCCUCCCCCGACAGCUGGAUAUGGGGAGUUUGCAACCCCUAUCUGGUACCAGUUCCUUAUUUGCAUUCGACGAAUGUUCCAGCAGUAUUACCGCAGCCCUGGAUAUCUUUAUUCCAAGACCGCCAUGUGUGUGUUUCCACCCAUUUUCAUCGGUUUUACGUUCUGGCGAAUGCCAAACACUCAACAAGGUCUCCAAAAUCAGAUGUUUGCCAUCUUCAUGCUUCUGGUCAUCUUCCCCAAUCUUGUCCAACAGAUGAUGCCCAGUUUUUGCACCCAGCGCUCACUUUAUGAGGUGCGCGAACGACCGUCCAAGGCGUAUUCCUGGAAAUCCUUCAUGCUGGCUAGUAUUUUUGUCGAGCUUCCCUGGAACAUCAUCAUGGCUCUGCCUGUGUUUUUCUCGUGGUACUACCCGAUCGGGCUAUAUCGCAACGCUCCGGCGGGCGAGACAAUAGACCGGGGCGGUACCAUGUUCCUACUGAUCCUGAUAUUUUUGAUGUUCACAUCAACAUUUAGUUCAAUGAUCAUUGCGGGUAUUGAACAGCCGGACACUGGUAGUAAUAUCGCCCAGUUGAUGUUUUCUCUGUGUCUUGUUUUCAACGGUGUUCUCGCGAGUCCCGCCCAACUAGGGAAAUUCUGGAUCUUCAUGUAUCGCGUGUCGCCAUUUACGUAUCUCGUCUCGGCGGUCCUAUCAACCGGCCUAUCUGGAAGUACAGCAACCUGCUCAGACAUAGAAUUGCUGAAGGUCAAUCCACCCAAGGGCCAAACUUGCGUUGAAUACCUGGGCGACUACGUGGAUUUGGCGCAAGCCAAGUUGUUCAAUGGGAAUGCGACAUCCGGGUGUGAAAUCUGCUCAAUUACCAGCACAGACCAGUUCUUGCUUCAGCUGAACAUCAAGUUCUCGGAUCACUGGCGAAACAUCGGCCUGCUCUUCGUUUACAUCGGAGUCAAUAUUCUGGGAGGUCUCUUACUGUACUGGCUCGCACGUGUUCCGAAGAAGUGGUCCCGCAAGGUGAAGGAGGAGUGA